CCUAGAGGAAGUGGAUGAUGUGUAUGUUUUGUACACAACUGUGCCGACGCUUAUGAAAGUCAGCUGUUGUCUGGUCGUUAAUUUCUUUCGAAUUUUGAAGCUUCAGCCGACACUUACGUAAAUGUACAGAGUGAAUCUGACCGUUUGCUGCGUUUUGAGGAGUAAAAGUUGUGUAACUAACAGAGUUGUGUUGUCGUCCGCCGGUUGUCACUCUGGCCGUGUUUUCCCUCCAGUCAGCCGCCCCCCUGCUCUCCAGGCUGGGGUGGAAGUAGACGAUGCGUGUCGCCUCAGCAGAAGAUGGAGGAUUUAACCUGGGAUCAUCAUGGCUGCUGUGACGGUGUGGCGUUACACCAGCGGUCGUGUCCUCGGAGGAUGGGGCCCGCUGCUGUGCGUCGCCCUCGGCUCCCUGGUGGCCCUCCUCAUGCCCCUGGUUGGGGUGGAGGACCGGUGCUGUGGCUCCCUGAAGGGCAUCGCUCAGCUCCGCUGCCAUCUGUGGGGGGGCUCACAGCAACCUCCAGCUGUGCAGUCCACCAGCCUCACGGUCCCCUUCACUGCCCUUGAUCUGCUGCCUCAGAGGUCCAAGCCGAGCAAAGAGAUGGAGCUGGAGGCCAAGGCGGCGCUGCAGCAGGCUCUGGAGAUGAAGAAACUUGGAAAGAGGGAGAAGGCUCAUAAGCUGUUGGUUCAUGCACUUAGCAUGAACCCAGACUUUGUGGAUGCCCUGACAGAGCUGGGUACCAUUCUGGAGGAGGAGAAGGAUGUGGUCCAGGCAGACCACCUCUACACCAAGGCCUUGGCCAUCUCACCAUGUAAUGAGAGAGCUCUGGUGAGCCGAGACAGAACUCUUCCCCUGGUAGAAGAGAUUGACCAGCGUUACUUUAGCAUCAUUGACAGUAAGGUGCAGCGACUUAUGUCCAUCCCAAAAGGCAACUCUGCUCUUCGUCGAGUGAUGGAGGAAACCUACUACCACCACAUCUACCACACGGUGGCAAUUGAAGGCAGCACGCUCACUCUGUCUGAGAUUCGCCACAUCAUUGAGACGCGCUAUGCUGUGCCUGGAAAGAGCCUUCAGGAGCAAAACGAGGCCAUCGGCGUGGAUGCAGCCAUGAAGUACAUCAACACCACACUGCUGUCCAGAUCAGGAGCUAUCACCGUCAACGACAUCCUGGAGAUUCACCGACGGGUGCUCGGCUACGUAGACCCUGUGGAGGGAGGGAGGCUGCGCACCAACCAGGUGUUUGUGGGCCACCACAUCCCACCCCACCCUCAGGACCUGCAGAGACACAUGCAGGAGCUGGUUCAGUGGCUCAACUCUGACGAGGCCCUGCAGCUCCAUCCUGUGGAGUAUGCAGCUCUCGCGCACUACAAACUGGUGUACGUGCAUCCCUUUGUGGAUGGAAACGGACGCACAUCACGGCUGCUGAUGAACCUCGUGCUCAUGCAAGCGAGAUACCCACCGAUUACCAUCAGGAAAGAACAAAGGGCUGAAUAUUACGCAGCUCUAGACACCGCCAACGAGGGUGAUGUUCGGCCUUUCAUCCGCUUUAUUGCCAAAUGUACAGAAAUAACACUGGACACACUGUUGAUUUCUACAACAGAACACGCCGUGGGGCUGCCAGGAGCCGGCCAGGACCAGGCCUGUCUUGACUGCAAACAGACUAUUCCAAUCCACAACUGAGCUGGGGAAAGGGAGCACGAGCUGGCAUGCAGGGAUAGAUGUUAAUUAAUCUAUUAGCAUCAUAACUUGUGUGGAAUCACAUCAUCUCUUGGCCUUGUCUGAGUUUAGGUUCAAUAGCUGCUGAAGUCAUUGAAAGUGGUGCAGAAUGAACUGAAAUCAGGCUUUGUUGCACCUAAGUUUGCUUUCAUACAAAAACAUUUCCUGCACAGUGAAAAGAACCAGUUUCCCCCCUUUUAACCAUCUUCCCAUGCGAGAGUUGAGGCAUAUUAAUUUAUCUCAGAAUACAGUCUGAAGCACGACUACUGCCGACAUGAGGAGGAAACAUGUUGUUUGAGCUUGAGUUACCUCUGCAGAUGUGUACAGUGAACAUUUUGUUUACUCUCUAUGGAUAAAGAUGUCAAAAACCGCUGCAAAGCACUUUCAUGUAUUUAUUUUAAAAUAAAAGUGUUCUGUUACCUCUCA